UCGGUAGAUUUGGGUGUUACACCGCAGACGCUUCCCCCCUGAAACUAGCGAACUCAUUCAAGAUUUGUGGCUUAAGGUCCUGUUGUGAAGGUUAACAUGUUUCUGACCAGAUCGGAGUAUGACAGAGGUGUGAACACAUUCUCUCCAGAAGGACGGUUGUUCCAGGUUGAAUAUGCCAUAGAGGCGAUAAAAUUGGGGUCCACAGCUAUUGGUAUCCAGACAACAGAAGGAGUCUGUCUGGCUGUGGAGAAGAGGAUCACCUCCCCACUGAUGGAGCCCAACAGCAUUGAGAAGAUCGUGGAGAUCGACAGUCACAUCGGUUGUGCCAUGAGUGGUUUGAUAGCUGAUGCUAAGACUCUGAUUGACAAAGCAAGAGUGGAGACACAGAACCACUGGUUUACCUACAAUGAGACUAUGACAGUGGAGAGUGUGACUCAGGCUGUGUCCAACCUGGCACUGCAGUUUGGUGAGGAAGACGCAGACCCCGGUGCCAUGUCUCGGCCCUUCGGUGUAGCACUACUGUUUGGUGGAGUUGAUGAAAAAGGCCCCCAACUCUACCACAUGGACCCUUCAGGAACCUUCGUACAGUGUGAUGCUCGGGCCAUAGGCUCUGCGUCAGAAGGAGCACAGAGCUCUCUUCAAGAGGUCUACCACAAGUCCAUGACAUUAAAAGAUGCCAUCAAGUCGUCUCUCACCAUUUUGAAGCAGGUGAUGGAGGAGAAGCUCAACGCAACCAAUAUUGAGCUGGCAACAGUAGAGCCUGGUAAGACCUUCCACAUGUACACCAAAGAGGAGCUGGAGGACGUAAUCAAGGACAUCUAGAGCGGAAAGGACUUGGGUUUUUAUUCUGGCCUGGCGACAAGAGGGCAUGGAAGAUGUACCUGGGUUUAAAGUCAAAACAACCACAACUCUCUAACCACCCGCUGCAUUUAUAAUUUUUUCUUUCUUCUUUCUUCUUCUUUUGCUGAUGUCAUAACCUAUCUCUUGUCCCUCGUUGUCUGUGCAUCUCUGCACAGGAGUCUGACCAGCGCUUAUAACUGGACAGGGGCAAAAGUAGAGGUUGGAUGGGUGAUAUUUUUUGUAACAGAUCAGUUCUACAAUAAAACUGUUGUAUUCAGAAAGUGACUGACUAUUUUAUUACUUGUUUUGUUUUUUUUGUCUUUAAGUUCCUCAAGUGUAUUAAAAUCCAUUGGUUGUUCUGUGCACGUGGGUGGAAAACGGUCUAAAUGCAGAUGCAUACAUUCAGAUUAUUCAUGUCAUUUCUUAAUUAGAAAUAAAAAUAGUUUUUCCUAAACUA